GCAUAUAUCCUAGAAAAAGCUCAAAGUGUUGUAGUGCAGGUAGGUGUUUGAGAAUUGAAGAAUGGUGUGGUCGUUUCCUCCACGAUUCUCAAUAAAACUAAGCCAGCCGGAGCUAGUGCCACCCAAAACCCCGACGCCGAAAGAACAAAAGGCGCUUUCAGACCUGGAUGACCAAGCUAGUCUCCGGUACCAAAUGCCAGGGCUAUGGUUUUAUGAGAACAAAGAAUCGAUGGUUGGGCGCGACCCUGCUUCGGUUAUCAAGGAAGGAUUGGGUAAAGCACUGGUGUUUUAUUACCCGUUAGCCGGUCGCCUAUUCGAAGGCCCCAACAAAAAGCUGAUUGUGGAUUGUAACGGUGAAGGGGUGUUGUUUUUGAAGGCUGAAGCCAAUAUUGCGCUUCACAAAUUAGGGGAUUUCAUACACUCCCCAUCUCCCUAUCUCAGCAAGCUUCAGUAUAAUGUCCCUGGCUCCGAAGGGAUUACCGGUUGCCCUCUUCUCUUGAUUCAGGUAACUCGUUUUACUUGCGGCGGUAUUGCACUAGGAGUCCGGUUCAAUCACACCAUGGUUGACGGCUACGGGAUGGUGCUAUUUCUAAAGGCAGUAUGCGAAUUAGCGCUAGGUGGUUCAACGCCCUUGGUUUUGCCGGUAUGGGAUAGAGAGACGUUGAGCGCUACGGCAAACCCCAACCCGACGUGCUCGCACGCUGUGUACGAGGCCACAUGCUUCCGCAACAAUUUCAAGCUCUUUGACUUCGAGUGGUGGGCCAGCAAAAUUUUCAACGUUGAGAAACUGGCAUCCCAACCUCUUUACUUCUUCUUCCCUAAAAUAUUGAAACCCAUCUUCGUUCAGAGUUCUUUCAUUGUUGGCCCAAAAGAAAUCCAAGCCCUCAGAGACCAAGCCAUGGCUCAAGAUUAUGGUCGGUGCACCACGUUUGAGCUGAUUACUGCUUGUUUGUGGAAAUGUCGCACAAUUGCUCUGCAACCCAAUCCCAACGCCACUGUCCGACUUACUUUUCCUACAGAUAUGCGCCAAAAGUCCUUGGCGGGGCUAAAACUUUCCCUUGGAUACUACGGCAACGCCAUUGUAAUGCAAUCUGCCACCUCCACCGCCAAGCUGUUGUGCGACAGCCCCAUUACUUACGCCAUCCAGUUGAUUAGAGAGGCCAAGAACAAAGUAAAUGCUGAUUACGUCAAGUCGGUGAUUGAUUUCAUGGUGACUAGGGGCCGACCCAGGAUGUCAGUGUUGAGGAAUAUGUUGGUUUCGGACAUAUCGAGGAUUGGUAUGGAGAAGAUAGAUUUUGGAUGGGGGGAUGCAAUAUACGCCGGGGCUUCCAUUGCAGCUUACGGGGUUACUUUCUUAGAACGUCCGAAGAGCAGCGACAAUACUACUGAGAAGAGCAUUUUGGUACCUAUAGCUCUGCCUCAUGUAUAUAUGCAAAUUUUUACACAUGAGUUCAAGAAGAUGACUAGUUCGUCGUAAAUUAAAGCGACACCAUAGGGGAUCGAUGAUCGUUACACUCAAAUACUCUGAAUUCUUAUUUUCAUAAUUUUCUAAAUACAACAAUAUGUAUAUUUGUGGUUCUAUGUUUACUUCAUAUUCAGCCUUGUAACUCAAUGUUUAAUUUUUAUUCUAAUACUUUGUGAUGGGU